CCUGGGGGGCAGGGGGCAACCAGGGGAAGUCGGUCAGGGCAGCAGGGUGCAGCCCCACAUUCCAGACUUGGAGAGCUGGCCUAGGCAGAACUAGUCCUGAGUCAGGGAGUGAGGAGGCCCCAUACUUCUCAGCGGGCCCUCCUCCCCUCCAUCCGGAGCAGCUAUCAGCCCCCGCCCCCCAGGCCUUCCACCCACAGUCAGCCCUGCUCCAUCUUGGGCUGAAUCAUUCCAUGCGCCCGCCAGGGCCAGGCCGUCACCCUUCAUUGCCUCCCCGCCCUUUAUUUGACACUCCUUUCCGCCUCCUGUGGCUCCUGCUUCUCACAGGUUUCCAGUGAUGACACUGUCAGAGGGACAGAAAUGCCCUGGGCUCUGCAAGACCACCACCCCCUCCCGGCUGCCCACCUUCCCGCGGUGCACACUUGGCUCCUGCCUGGACACCAGAGCGGGGAGCCCUGCCCUAAAGCCAGCCUCUGUCAGCCCCCCGCACUGGAAGGAGAGAGAAACACGCAUGAGGCCACUCCCCUCCUAAAAAUACACACCAGGCCUGCUGGAGGGCAGGGCCCGUGCCUUUUUCUUUUAUGAUCUUGCCAGCACAGUGCGGGGGAGUAAGCAGUGCUAUAUGUCAAUAAUCAAAAGACUAAUAAACAACCAACCCAACAUGCCAGUGUUGUGGGCCCAAGAGGCAGCCCUGCGAUGGAGCUCCGAUCCUCCCACCCCCUCCAACCCCACACUGCCAUAGGGUCUACCGCAGGGACCAAAGCACUUCUUCCAUCAGUAUAGCUAAAGCUGUGUGAAGCGUGAGGCCCACCUGAGCUGGCACACAGUGAGCCAGGCCAGGGGGUGCGGACACAGCCAACUGCAGAGCCUGUCCUGUGGCAGACCCAGCGAGUGCUCGCUCACUAAUAAGCUGGGGGAGGUUCAGUGGUCAGUGACCUGGGGAAUAUGAAGGGAGUGACCCGGGUUAAGAUGCCAGACCAUGGCCAACUGGUUUGAGGUUAGGGCUGUACAGAACCAGGAAGUGUGACUCAGCCCAGGACCAGCACCCCCCCACCACCCGCCACUUCUCUAACCAUUCCAGCCUCCUUUUCUGUCCCAGAACAAGAGCCCUCCCAGCCAGGCCCACCUACCUAACCUGGCCCAGGGCACAGCUGACACUUUAAGGCAGCCCUGUGUGGCUCAGCCCUUUCCACAGCGGGGGGACCCCAAAGAAGGCGCAGGUGACCCAAGGGGAAGGACUGGAGCAAGGCAGGAGGAGGCAGCAGGACCUCGGCCCUCAACUGCUCCCUCCUGCCCUGAGGCUAUGGGAGUAAAUCCAGGAAGAUGAGAAACUGCCAGACUGGGUGUCAGGCGGAGGGGAGAGCAGCUCCCCCAUUUCCAAGGUAAGGCUGCCCUGCAGAGCAAACCUCAGAGGCACCCUGGCAUGCCCUGAGCCCAGCCAAGGGAGGGGCCAGCCCUUUAUAGGCAUGGGGCUGCUUCCCGUUAACACACCCUCUGCCUCUUCCCCCUCGUACCUGCAGGUUUGGCUAAUGAGGGCCUGUCACCAGGCCCCAGGACUGAGUCACCCACACUAGUGACAGGUCUCUCUUCCUUCCCCAACAACUGUUCCACAUGCCUGCCUUUCAAUUAAUACCCACCCUCCUGGGGCCCCUCCCUCGAAGACACUUGGGGGCUGAAGGGGGUUAGGGCCCCAGGCAGAGAGGCUGCAGGGGGAAAAGGAAGCAACAGUGGUGACGCACAAAGCAGGGCUGCCCCCAGAGAGUCCUCAGGGGAAUCCGAAGCUCCCCAGUGCCCGGGGGUGUUGGCCACAGCUGGCCCAAUCCCAGCCCUCGGAUGCUGCAAUUACCUAAGAGCAUGAAACCUGGCUUCCCACCUGACUGAGUCACCUGAAAACAACAAUCCCCACUGCCACACACCGGCACAAACAGCCAAGCCACUCAUCAGAGUCCGGGCGCUGCGGCGGAGAGGCCAAGUUCAGGGGACGGGAAGGCAAGGUGAGCUCGGGCCCACCCAGAGCAGCGGCCCCCAGGGAAGCAGCCCAGGCCGCUCCAGCACCGCGACAUCCAUCAUUGGCACUUCAGAUGGGGCUGCCCGCACUGCGACUCCAGUAAGUGCUGCUUCUUCCUCCUGGGGUUUUUCCCCACUGUCUGAUCAAGUAACCAGGCCAAGCCUAUCCCUCUGGGAAACUCCUGUUGCCAGGAACUCCCACCCCUCAGCUCUCCCAGACAAAAGGACCCUCGUCCCAGGACCUCUUGCUGCCGCCCAAGAUGCUGGCCAAAAGUCUAUGCUUCUAGCCAGGGCUGUCCCCACGCUCUAGCCAGUCAGUGCUCCAGCAAGGACCCCAUGGUGACUAGCUACUCUUGAACUGGGCUGCUUGUCUGCUGGCUCCCCUGCAUGCCAUGGAGACCUGGCGGAAAGGCUCCUUCCGCAAUGCCUCCUUCUUCAAGCGACUGAGCCUGGGGCGGCCACGGCGACUCCGGCGACAGGGCAGCGUGCUCAGCCAGGCGAGUACGGCUGGCGGGGACCACGAGGAGUACAGCAACCGAGAAGUCAUCCGGGAGUUGCGAGGGCGGCCAGAUGGCCGGCGCCUGCCUCUGUGGGGGGACGAGCAGCCCCGGGCCACCCUGCUGGCCCCGCCCAAGCCUCCCCGCCUCUACCGAGAGAGCUCCAGCUGCCCCAACAUCCUGGAGCCCCCGCCCGCCUACCAAACGGCCUACUCGGCCACCCUGCCUUCUGCGCUCUCACUGGCAGGCGCCCUCCACCACUACUCUGACAAUGACCUUCUGGACACUCCCCCCUUCCAGGGGACACCUGCUCCAGACCUCAGUGAUCCCUUCUUCUCCUUCAAAGUGGACCUGGGGAUUUCACUUCUUGAGGAAGUUCUACAGAUGCUGAGGGAGCAAUUUCCGAGUGAACCUAGCUUCUGAAUGGGGUGCGGGUGGGCAGAGGUGGGGUCACUGGAAGAGCCGGAAGCCUGGAAGGAGGGUACAGCUGCAGAUUCAGGAGAAUUAGGAAGAGAAAUCCAGGAUCAUGCCUGCCCUCCAGGUCCUGAAGUCCUCCACAUCACCUGGGAGCGGAGGCACAGAGGCAAGCUGGAAGUGCUGUGAGGGGGCACUUGGUGGCAGAAGCCCUGAAGGCAGUUGGCUGGGCUGGGCAAGGGAGGCCAUGCCUGUAACCACAGGGACGGGGCAGAGGCCAGCAGAGGGGGAGGACAGCACAAAGGGUGAGUCCAGGGGAGUGGAGGACAUGCAGACUGCGUGGGUCAGACAGGUGUCCUGCACUGGCCCCUUAGAACCCACUGUUAACAGAGAGGCAUCACAGGAUAGGGCAAGGCAAAAUGGGUCCCACCCACUAACUGUGUGUGGCUGUUCAAAUUGAAAUUAAGUAAAAUUAAGAAUUUAGUUCCAUGGCUGCACUAGCUACAUUUCAAAUGUUCAGCAGCCACACGUGAUGAAUGGCUACCACUUUGGACAGUGCUGGCUGAACAUGAACAUCACUGGAGAAAGCCCUAGCAGGCAGCUUGGGUCUAGGCCAUGGCCUGGAGCCAUGAGUGCACAGUGGGGUAAGGGGAUAAACAGGACCUGCAGGGAAGGGGAGGGACUGGCAGAGUAAAAAAAGAGAGGCAGGUAGAGGUGCACAGUACAACUCGGGGGGAAGGGCAAACAAAUCACUUGCCAAAAAGGGACAAGACAAGCCGCCCAGGCAGUUGUCCAGAGCACGCCUGGUGCCCAAGGAAGGAGGCUAUAGGAAAUGGCAGCCAAAGGCACAGGCACAGCCUGCAAAGGGGUGCUUGGGGCAGUUCCCAGAAUUUUAGUGAUGGGAACCCUUGGGAAAUGUAGCGGGAACAGUGGCAGAUUUCCCUUUCUGCCCCAAGAGCAUAGGAGAACUGGAUCAGGAAUGGACACGAAGCCUGUGGCUGUUACUGUGAAGCAGCUCAGGAGGUCUCCAGAAUCCUCCACCAGGAUUGAGGAGCUCUGCCUUGCCCAACCCCCCUGACGAUGGGGGCCUGCUACCCAGGGCCGGCCCACUGGUCAAGGCCAAGGGCUGUGCUACUGCCCCCAUCUCAUGGCCUGGCCAGAAGACUUGCAACCAGAACUCAGACUGGCUGGCCACGUGGUUCUGACACUACAGGCCUCUCCAAGCCUGGCAGAGAGGGAGAGGAAGCUUCGACGCACACGGCUUCCAUACCCAUACCAACAGCCUCCCUCUUCCCUCCUCUGUGCGGACUUGCGGAGUUCAAAGGCUCCCCUCUGGAUGCAAGAGAAAAUGAAUAAAGUCCUUUGUAACAUGGCCUAUGGACUGUCCUCUGGGGCUGUGAAAUGCUGGAACUUAACAGUGGGGAAUGAGGUCUCUAAGGAAGGGCUCCUGCCCGUUCAUCUUUCUCCUCUGUCCCGGUCCUGGGCCACACUCCCAGCCAGCUGAGAGCACACAGGCGAGCAGGCACAGCUGAGGCAAUGAGAGCAAAGUCCUGCGGACCCUGGGGACCCUCUCCCCCACGGAGUGGGCUGUGAGCAUGGCAGCCUGAGGCUCCCAACAGAUCCAAGGGCCAUUUCAGGGAAGGGACAGCUCUGGGCCCGAAGGCUCUCUGUCCUGCCAAAGUGGGCCAGUGUAACCAGGGCCAGGUGUGUGCAGGUGGCGAACAGAAACCCUCACAAAGCUGGAAGGCUGAGAGCCGGCGCCAGAUCUGUGCCACACCACAAGGCAUCUGUGCAGGCAGCGCCCUGGGACCGGCAGAGGCGCCAGUGCUGGUACUGAGGAGGCUUCCUCUUGCCUGCUGGCCCCUGCCCCAGGCAGCUCCAGACACCCUGGGAACAGGAGCCGGUGGGAGUGGCGGGGGACAAGAGGGCGCUCAAGCUGCCUGCAGCACCAGGUAGUCAAAGCACCCAGGGCUUCACACAACAACCAAGCAGCCUGGGGGCCAGAAAAGCCCCUCAGGGUGAGGGUAGGAGCCCCAGCCAGACACGGGUUGUGGCGGGAAAGUAAGGUCUAAGUAUUCUGUGUGGGCUGGGGUCCUAGCACUCAGAGACAGAAAGAGUCAGGACAGAAUCCCAGUCCUGUUUAGGCUGGCAAACCUGCCAGUCUCACUCUGCUCCUAACAACCUGGAUUUGGGAGGAAAGGGCCCCGAGCAGAGCCCAGACAGGAAAAGGUCCCACAAACCCUAAGCAGACCCGGCUGACGGAGGUGUGGUUCCUUACCUGUGA